AUGUCCGCUGCAAUAUCGGUACGUAUACCAGCUGGCAAAUUAGGUACAGUUCGUGUUGAUCGAACAGUCGAUGUUUAUCCAGUUUCAAUAAUAAAUAAUGAAAAUAUAUCGAAUGUAAAAUUAUAUAUUCCAAAAUUAAAACUACAACGUCAAUUAACAGCAACAGCAACACCAUUGUCUAAUACAAAUUCUGAAGAAGCACAUAAUUAUAAUCCAAUAAUAAAAUCAAAUAAUCAGAAGUCUUCUAAUGAUGAAGAUAUAUCUGAUAUAGCUAUUAUUUAUUCAGUUGUUCGACGUUCAUCAAUUCGUCGAACAUCAUCACCAAGAUUAUCUGUUUUACCAUUAUCAACAGAUUUUAAUAUUACUCAACCAUAUAUAGCUAAAAGCUAUACAUUAGAACCACCAUCAAUACCUAUCGUAUCUCAUGUAUCCAAACAAUCACAAAUAAAAGCCUUAUCAUCAACACUUUCGAGUGCUACUUUUCUUUCAAUAUCUACAUCAUCAUCAACAAAAGUAAGUUCAUCAACUCAUAUUCAAACAUCAGCAUCAUUUACAAAAAGUGAUCGAUCAUCAAUACCAUCAAUUGCUAUAAAACCUCGACCAUAUUCAUUUCGAAAUACAGGACGUAGUGCUCUUGAACGACAAAUAUCAAAUAUAACAGAACGUGUAACACAAUUACAAGAAACAUUUUUUUCUCGUCGAUCAAAUACAUCUAAUAAUGGACGAAAUCGUUCAUUAUCAAAUUGUCAUUCAACAAUAAUUAGUACAAAUACGAAUGAAUCUAAUACAUCAAAUAGACGUUUAAUUAGACCAAGACCGAGAUCAGAAGCUUAUGAUGAUCAUCAUCGUGUUUGUGCAGCUGGUUCAUAUGCUCAAUUAACUCUUCUUGGACAACCAAAAGUAAAUUCAAUAUCACAAACACAAAAAACAAUUCCAGUUGAUUAUCAAAAUGGUCGAGUACAAUAUCGAACACAAACAUCAAAUCCUGAACGACCACAUAGUACGAUUAGUUCAAAUUCAUUUCAAACAGUAUUUGAUACAAAAAAAGCACGAGAUAAUUAUGAAAAACUUCUUAAACAAUUAGAAAUUUCAAAAAAAGAAUUUGAUCGUCAACGAUCAAAAGGUCUUAAUCAUAAUCCAGCAAGAAUUUCACAACUUGAAUAUCAAAUAAAACAAUAUGAACAACAAUUAAAUAAAUUAAAAUCUUAUUUAGAUUCCAUUGACAUAUCUACUGAUCCAUCAUCAAAUAUACAUGAUGAUAAUCGACCACAUACAUUCAUUGAAUCAUCUACAAAUCGAUUAAGCACACAAUCUCAUGGUAGUAGUGGUCACAAGAAACAGAAUUCAUUACCUGAAUCAACAGUAUUACAAGUUAUGACAGGAAUUUCACCCUCAAUUUCUGUCAGUUCACCAUUACACCAUAUUAAACGUAAAUUUCAAAGUGGAAAAACUGAGACAUAUGAUCUUGUAAAGAAUUGGGAUUCAUUGAAUACUAUUCCAACAGAUGAAGCAUUUAAACGUCGUGAAUCAUAUGAAAAUUAUGAUGAUAAUGCUCAUACACUAACAUCAAAUGUUCAAUCAAUAUCAUCAUUUGAUGAUAUUCAACAAUCAAUACAUACAUCGAAUUGGAUACCAUUAACUAUUUUUCUUAAUUUUCUACUUACUGAUACAAACAGUGAUCCAAGUCAUUUAUUAUUUUAUAUAUUAACUGAAGAUUUACGUAUAAGAAAAUCUGAUAAUCGUAAUGAAUUAAUUCGAUGGAUAUUUGAAAUUCAUUCAACAUUUACAAUGAAUGGUAGUCCUUUAUAUAUUGGCCUUCCUCAAUCACAAACAGACGCUAUAAAUCGAUGGUUAGAUAUUCAUCAACAAGAAACAACUGAAGAUAUAAAAAAUAUUUUUAAUGAUGCAAAAGAUUAUGCAAAAUCAAUAAUCAUCGAUCGACAAAUAGUAGAUUUUAAUCAUAAACGAUCUAUUAAUAUAAAUAAUGAUUUAUAUUUAAAACAAAAUCAUUUUAUUGAAGAAACUUUACGAUCAAUAUUUGAAUAUCAUUAUAAAUCAUCAUAUAUUGAUGAUUGGAAUAGUAUAAAAAAUGCUCGAAGCCUUGCAUUAAUAUGUGCAUUAGCAACAUAUUUAAAACGUUGUGAUAUUAAAAAAUGUGGAAACAUUCCAUUAGAAAAAAUUCCGAAAUUUCUUGAUAAAGAACAAAAACGUUUAUUAGCAAAAUUACAACGAACAACACCUAUGAAAAAAAUUAAAGAUCAUCAAUUAAAUGAACAUCAGUUUUUAAAUGAAACAUUAUGUCAAGUUUGUUUUAAACCAUUAUGGGGAAUAAAUUAUCAAGGAUAUUUAUGUGGAUAUUGUCAACAAGCAUAUCAUCGUGAAUGUGCAGUAAAUAGUGAAAAAUGUUCAAAAGAUCGAGCCAAACUUCGAAAAUUUUCAAAUAAUCGAAAUCCAUCAAGUCCAUCGAGAACUACAAGUAUGAUUGAAGGACGAGAAGGAAGUGUUCCGAAUGAUACAUCUGAAAUGAUACCCGGUUCAAAUGAAGGAAUUGAUCCAACAGAUGGAAAUGUAUCGACUGCUGAACAGAACAAAAUUGCAACAGUCGGUCGAUGUUCGAGUGAUCGUCGAGCAGCACCAGAUCGACCAGCUGCACCGAAAAAUCGUUCAAGCAGUGAAAGCAACAAUAGUGAUGAGGGUAAUCCACAAAUGGGUGGAAAUACAAUUGAUGA